UAGAGUUGGAGGGAGUGAACAGGUAAGAGAGAGAAAGAAAAAUGCUGGACAGAGUGGGAAUAUGGACUACAUAACAUAAAACAUGGUUUCCGGGCUUGUUGAACAUAUUUUACAGCAAGAGAGAUAGAAGAGAAUGGAAGAAAAAAUUAUCACCAUUUGUAAUAAAACCUUAUAUGGAAAGCUGGUGAUGACGGUGAAGAGCAAUGAAGAAGAAAAAUCGAAAGAAUAACGGUUAAGGAGGAUAGUCGCAAUACAUACGUGUGCAUAGAAGAUUGCAAGCUGCUACGAUAGAGCCAGAUAGGAGUCUGCUGACUCACAAACAUACACACACAUGGACAGACUCCGAGCGACUAGUGACUCUGGUCGACUACUUCCUGUAGUACCCAAAGACUCUCUCACUAAUGCAUUAAAUGCCAUUGUGUUCAGCACUGAACUCAGUGAGGAUGAACUAUUGUCACACCUGGACACUGUGCUUACCGUCAUACAAGAAAAACAACGUGGGGCUGCAGAACAGGUGGCAGUGAGUGGUGUGUUACCUACUCUGGCUCAAGCUCUUAGGAGAAGAGGGCCACUUACUCUACUUACCACAAAACUGGUGUCAGAACUGGCUAGGGAAAGGGUGAUCAAGGAGAGAUGUGGUGAGACGGGGGUGUCAUCAGCUCUGAUGUCUGUGCUAGUCUGCAUGGAUCAGGAGCUGCUGAUACACGCUGGCCAUGCUAUCGCUCGUCUUUCCUAUGACUGCCGGUUUCAGCAGGAGCAGUUGUUGCGUUUGGGUGUGGUUCCUCAAUUGGUCAGAAUCCUUCGGCGUUUCAAAGACGACAAGGCUCUGGAGGAGGUGUGUCUCUUGGCUCUAUGUAACAUAGGUGACAUAGGGGAAGGUGGUGAAGAUGGAGGUAUAUCAUGGGAGAGAGGCUUGUCGCUGUGUCCAGAGGAGUCGGUUUUCCGUGGUGUGAAUUGUCACUCCUGUGGCUUCGGGUCUAUGGUUACAGUUGUCAGGCUAACCCAGUGGUCACCCGAGCAACAUACUGUCAGCAUCGAGGUUCUCCCCCGUUACUCCUUUGGGUUCUGGACUGUGCACAACAAUCAGCGGACAGUACGACGUUCACCACUCUCUCACCUGGGAGCAUGUCCCAAGUUCUACAAUGUCAUUAAAUACUCGGUUCAGAACAUUCCCAACAGUAGAAGCUUCAAAUCACGAGUCUUCCACAUCUUCCUUUGAUAGUAGAAUGGACUAUAAACUUGGCUGCAUAUUAUGAACUACAAACAUGGCAGCGUAUUAUGAACUAAAAAACGUGGCAGCAGAUUGCAAAAAUAGCAGCAUGUUAUGGAAUAAAAAUAAGGUGUUUCAUGGAAUACAAACCAGGCAGCAUAUAAUGAACUACAAAACAUGGCAGCAUCUUAUAUGUUAACUCUUAUAGCCAUGGCAGAUAUAUCAGGAUGUCUGGAAGAAACAGAGAGGAACGGUUCAACAAAAGGGUUUGAAUCUCUUUCAUUGUCUGAAUGAAUGACUGAAAUGUAGAAUAACAUAUUCUGUUAGUGCACUGAAGAAGAUAAAAAGUAUACACCAAAUUGUAAAUGUAUUUAGUACAUUUAGUUAACUACCUCUUGCCUUGAAGAAAAACACAAAUGAUUGCCUAAUAAUCAUAUUGGAUAGGCUGGGUUGCAAUGACAUCUGCAAUUUUACAUUCAUUUUUCUAAAUGUCUGCUUUGUGCCAUGGGCAUUAUUUGACAACAGUGGACCAUUGUU